AAUGAAGUUGACAAUUUUAAGGGUAAAAAUUCGAAUAAAAACGUACAAGAGAUUUACAAUCGUAAGGCCAUUUACUCACCUUGGUAUUUGAGAUGUGACUGACAUCUCUCACCAUAUUGAUCGUGUCGAAAUUGUUACUUGGGCCCGGGGUAACCGGCAGUUGUGUUUGUUUGGAUUGCGCUACGAAACAUGUCCCGCGAGUGUACCGUGCUGCCUACCCGUAUUUUCACAAAAGGAUGAAUAGCUUUUAUAAAACACGUCCCGGUGCUAGUCCCGGAUGGUGGCUCGGCUUCCUGUUGCCGGCCUGCUAUGGGGCAACACUUUGGCGCCCUUAUCAGCAGGAUCAUGAGCAACACCUGCCACGCGAUUACAAACGCACGGUGCUGAUGACCUUCGGACUGCUGCUGCAAUCGUUAGUCAUCCGUGGAACGCUGGAAUCCCGCUGGAACCGUCGGCAAGCCAUUCUGCUUACCCUGCUCGUAGUUGCCGCCUGUUGGAGUCUGUUUAUAGUGUGCCUGAAAGAGAAUGUGGUAUUUGCUGGCGUUAGUGGAAUGCUGCCGGUCGUUCUCUACGAUAAGCUGUAUUUUACUAUACUUAAAACGGUACCAAAGAGUUUCAGCUAUGGAGAGGCAUUUAUCGUAUCGCAAAGCGUUGUUGCGUUUGCCUACUGCACAUUGCUUCAGUUGCCUCCGGUAAUAUUGCGGCCGGAUGCAGUGUACACGGAUAUGCAGGUUAUCUAUUCCAUUCUUCAGGUCGGAUUGCUGGGAAUUCUGGCACUCGCGUGCGCAACAUACUCCUUCACAUGGCUUCGCAAAUCGAUUCCAUUUUGGAUCGCAUUAGGCAUCACAAGCGCACUGGUGGCGUUGUUUCCAAUCGGCAAACUGCCGGCCGUUUCCCGUUUGGUACUGUUCUUCGUGAACGACAUGGAAACGAUCAUGACGACUGGAAUGUAUCUGGCCCUGUUGGUGCUAACCGUGUCGUUUGUGAUGUGGCAAUUUAAUUACGGACGGCGCACAACAACCGCCACGAGGAAAGUGUUUCAUUUCCUCAUCGUUCUCGUGUACGGUCCGGGACUGUGGUAUCAGUGCCGGUUGCUCUACCUAGCAAGCGGUCUAAUGCUUGCGGUGCUGAUUGUCCUUGAGAUGGCACGCCUGAUACAGUUAGCGCCGGUAGCGAACGCGCUCAACGGGGCGGUAAAUCUGUUCAUCGACGAAAAGGACGCCGGUGCGAUUGCCCUCACACCGAUCUACCUUCUAGUUGGAUGCUCAUUACCGCUCUGGCUGCAUCCGGUACCGUGUGAUUUGACCGACUCGAGCGGUCUGCAGCUGCUCACGCUUUCGGCUGGUGUGCUUUCGAUCGGCAUUGGCGACACAGCUGCGAGUGUGGUCGGGUACCACUUUGGCCGUCACAAGUGGCAUGCUUCCACGAAUAAAUCGGUCGAAGGGACAGUUGCGUCAGUGGUGUUCCAAGCAGUGGCCGUCGCAGCGGCGUACCACCUCGGCGUGAUACACCCGACAGUGCUCAGGGCAGCUUACGCUGGCGUUGCAAUCAUCGUGAAUGCGCUCGUCGAAUCGAGAACGGAUCAGAUCGACAAUUUGGUGCUUCCGCUGGUCACCUACCUGAUACUCGUCAGCUCCCCUUAAUCGGCUGCACACUCUAGCUGCCAAUGGUAGUUUAUUUGUUCCCACCCUAUUCAUUCCGGUAAGCUUUGUUAAAUUAUAGCUAAAAGAAUCGUAC